AUGGAAAUGCAAGAGGAGUUUUCUAAACAACUUAGUCAAAAAAUGGAAAUGCAAGAGGAGUUUUCUAAACAACUUCAAGCAAGCAUGGAUGAGUUGAGGAAGCAAUUUGGUUUGAUGCAGACUCCCAUUUUUCAACCUGCACAAUCAAGGCGGGAGGAUGACAUAUAUGUCGACCCACAAUCUCAUCAUAGUGACAAAGCUAGUUCUCCAGACCCUUUUGCUGAUUUACCGGCUAUAGGAGCACGAUGCCAAUUGUAUUUGGAAGAUCCCGUUAGACGUGCAGUGGCAUUUGGGAUAGCUUACAAGGGUGAAACGGUUCACGGGGUAGAAUUAAAUACAGAUCAAGUGAAAGUAAGUGUGGAUAAAGUUAUUGAUCCAAGAGCUCCUGUACCAUUCCCUACCGAUGAGGUUCAGCUAGUAGGAGCUGCAAUGCACCAAUUUGUUAUUUGGUCAAAGAAGUUGGUAGAGUUAUGCACUCAAGCUGAUGAGUUAAAAAGAAUGUCCAAAUUGACGAUUGAAUCCGAUGUGCAACAACCUAAUGUUGAUAUGAUUAUAGUUGAUCCGACUUCUUUGAGUCCUUUAUGUCAAAAGGCAUAUAAAGUUGCUCGAAAACUAGAACAAAAUCUUGUGGUGCAAAUGUCUCGUGGUAUUGUGGGCGACAUUGAAUAUGAUGUAUAUGUUGAGAAGUUGGAGACCAUGCGGUUUUUGAAUAUGGAGACGUUGGAUAUUUGUUGUAUGCAGUUCUUUAUAAGGUGUCUGUAUAAGGAAUUUCAUUUGGCAUCCAAGACCACGUAUGGCUUUAUAGAUCCAUUUUACAUUCAACCAAAAUUGACGACUAAAGCACAACGAACAGGGGAACAUUGGAUGUUGAUGGCAAUUUGUCCACUGUUAUAUGAAAUCUAUUGGUUUGAUUCCGUUGGACGCGAACCACGUCAGGACAUUAAAGACAUAGUUGAAACGUCGUGUGCCAAACAAGUUGGAGCUACCGAAUGCGGGUAUUAUGUGAUGAAGUACAUGUUUGAAAUUCUUUCCAAAGAAGCAUACGAAGGAAUGGAUAAGAUAGUGGAGAGAGUUGGUUCAUUGAGCUACAAUCAACAAGAGAUUGAUGAAAUUAGAGACACAUGGGCCAAGUACUUCAUUGAUGAAUGUAUUAAUACAUUGCAUUAG